GGCGUCGUCUGGGGGCGGUACUGGUCUUCAGCUCGACCCAGUUUGAAAGUGAACCGACGGUCCAGUCUCCGCUACAGCCACCAGACAUCAACAAUAAACAGCGAGUGUUUAAAAAGCCGAAGCCCGGUCCCAAGUGUUCUUUCCGCCUGUCGCCGGCACCCCUGACGAGCCGCCACUAUGAUGCGAAAAGAUGUGAACAAGCCCAAGGGGAAGACGUCGGCAUAUGCCUUCUUCGUACAGACGUGUCGAGAGGAGCACCGCAAGAAGAACCCAGAGCAGUCGGUCAACUUUGCAGAGUUCUCCAAGAAGUGUUCAGAGCGAUGGAAGGGUCUGUCUCCCAGUGACAAGAAGUGUUUCGAAGACAUGGCCAAGGCCGACAAGGUGCGCUACAACCGGGAGAUGAGUGACUAUGUCCCGCCCAAAGGCUUCGGAAAGAGAGGUCGCAAGAGGAAAGACCCCAACGCACCCAAACGGCCACCGUCUGCGUUCUUCGUCUUCUGCGGCGAGUACCGUCCCAGCAUCAAGCAGCAAUACCCGGGUCUGUCCAUAGGAGACUGCGCCAAAAAACUGGGAGAGAUGUGGAGUAAGCUAACGCAGUCUGACAAGACACCAUACGAAGAGAAGGCGCAAAAACUCCGUGAGAAAUACGACCGGGAUAUGGUGGCGUAUCGGGGUGGCGGCUCGUAUGCCAGGAACCCUGGUUCAUCCGCUCAGGGUGGCGAGGAAGAAGAGGAGGAUGAAGGUGAGGACGACGACGAAGAGGAUGACGAUGACGAGUAGGGACACAGACGUGUGUGUGUGUGUGUGUGUGGGGAGUGAGGUCAAAUUUCAGAUCUUUCACACAACUUUUUUUUAAAGAGAAAAUACGUCUUCAAGCUGCUGAUUGGCUUAUAAAGUGGCAGGGGCGGAGCUUCACAGGAGGCGUGGUUACAGAUAAACAUACACACAAUCAGAGGCACUUGUGUUGUCCCCCUCAAUGGACUGACACUGUCGUCCUAAUUGUCCUCGUUUGUGUUUUUAAUUUUUUACUUAAGCUUCCUGUGUCGUGCGUAGAGGUCAAAGGUCACAGAUCAGCUUGACCAUGUGACGUAAAGAAACACACACUGUGGAUAAAUGACUGAUUGUGUGAGAUGAGGUCAUUGGAUGUUACAAGUGUCGGAGGAGGAUGACAUCCUCUGUUGCCAUGGUUACGCCCACCAGCCCCUCCCCAGCCAUGCUUACGUGUGUUACCAUGGAGACCGUGGACUCUUCAUUGUCAUGUUUUUAUUUUUAUGUUUUGUUCACAGUCAAUGUAGAAACGACUUUUAUAAUAAAACAAAUGAGGAAAACGUA